AUGCCAUUUUAUAUUGCAUUAACAGAUGCAUUUUUAUCUUUUAUUCAUACGAUAAAUUUAUCUUAUACAGCAGCUAACAAAACAACUUGGACACAGUCUUCAUGUGCAGUUAUCGGAGGACUUGUAAUAAUUUUAUUCGCGAUAAACGCUCUUUUAGUUGGUAUAAUAGCAAUAUCAACAUGGUUACGUGUAUGUAAAAAUAUUGAAAUAGAUAACGGAAUUUAUGACUAUAAAUUAUGGGCCGUUACCAUAACGUUAUCAUUGAUUAUAAUAUGUUCAUCGGCAAACGAAUUUGGCCCACAAAAAUUUUGGCAAGCUGAACAUGUUUUUUUAUACUUGAUGGCUGUAACCGAUGAAAACGAUAAUAAUGAGAAAGAAUCAACAUUAUCUCCAUUACCAACAUUCAACACUAAUAAAAGAAACAAACCAGAUCUAUUGACUUUAAGAUAUACGAAUUUAUCACAUAUUACAGUUGAUUUCAGUAAUACUGAAUGA